AUGGCGUUCCCUCGCCUGUCUGCCUCCAUGCUGUUGGCUUCAUUGAUCCUUCUUCUCUACUGGACGACAUCCUCAGCUCGGUCACAUGAUCCCACCUCCUCUGUCGUCUCACCCCCCUACAGGGUGAAGAGAGACCUGCCUUUCGAAACCAGAGAGAAAGUGGAUAAAUCUUUGGCAUUGGCAAACAGCUUCCUCACUGUGGUCAAAGAAGGGAUUGAAAAGAUUGAUACCAAAAAGUUGUCAUUGUCAGCUGUGAUAAAGAGUCUUGCCAACGUUGCCAGCUUGGUGCCUGGCGUUGGAGUUCUGGUUGCGUCUUUUGUCAACAUGGUCUUGAUCUUCAUCCCUCAGGAAGACCCGGCUGAAGUGAACAAGAAGCUGGACUUGCUCUCCAUUCAGAUCUCCAACCUGGCAACAGACAUUGAAUGGUAUAACUACGCCAGCGUCUACUCUCAAGACGAGCUCCGCAUCCCCAACUCCUGGAAGAAGUUCAAUGAUCUUCUUCAGAACACUUACUCGGUACAAAGUGAAGAGAACAAACUCCGACCGGCAGAGAUAUUUGUCAACUACUAUGAGAACACAGGAACUGAAGCCAGUGUGGCCAACCUCUACCAUUACCUGACAGUCAAAGACACGUCUCUCAGUGGAAACCUCAACAAACUGCUGAGGAAGAAGUUUAAAUGUGAUGUUCAACAGAUUGUCAAAUAUAACGUCUAUUUCAGCAGUUUGCUGUGGAAGGGAUUGGUGCUGAACCAGUUCUACUGGAAACUGAUCGGGUUGGAUUCAUCAGGCAAAGAAGCCGAACACACCCAGAUGUUUAACAAUGUCUACGCAGCUCAGAUAUCAGCUCUGGAAUACUGCCUGACCAACCACAUGCAGUAUGUGAUGGAAGAUGUGGUGGAGAUCAGCAAAGGACACAGUGCUGACAACAAAAGAGCCAUCGCCGAUAAGGUGAAAGAGUGUCUGGAUAAGAAGUACAACUGGUACAACUGGGUGGUGCUGGUGUACAACACAAACCAUGAAGAACAUUACGAACUAAAUGAAUUAACUAAGGUCACCGUGGACACGAUCACCAUCGCUGUGGGCUACACUCUGAUAGCAGAUGUAUUGUAUAAAAACUACGUUAUCCAAGCAGCUAAUAAAUGCUUUGAACCAUAUCAACCAUGCGAUAUGAAGGACAAAACAAAUAACUGUAUAUAUUUUCCUCCAAAGCCUAAUCCACAUGCGGCCCAGAUGAAAUUGAUCUUUAAAGAUUAUGCUAAAGCGACACAUGCUGCCUAUAGGGAUGAGUUUGCUGAGGCCCCAGCACCCUUAUGCCAUCGUUACUGUCAGCCGCAAACAUGGUACCCAAGAAAGAUUUCUUUCUAUUACUCCCGGAGGUUGCCUGUCUGCCAAGGUGAAACAUGUAGCAACCAUGGAACGUGCAAGCAGCUGGUGGACUCCAAUGAAUGGAUGUGUGAUUGUUGGGAGGGUUACUAUGGUGAGAGAUGUAAAGAGAGAACCCAAAUUAACUCCACUAUAGCGAUCGAUUUACAAGUUGUACCUGACAUCAGCACCAUUAACACCAAAAUCAAAUUGAUGGAGAUCAAACUGGAAAACAAACUGGAAGAGAUUCUCAAGUCUAUCAAUGACAGAUGUCGUGGCUAG